GUAUCUCGUAAGGGGCCUCCGUAUUGCGUCAUGAGUGCGCGACGCACGUAAGGCUAAAGCAGCCAAUCGUGGAGCAGCUUGACUGCUUGUCAUAAAUGGAGCGACGUAAUUUCGACUUGUCCUUUCCCGGGAGUUAGCGAUCCUUCAACCCCUGCACUGCGCUAGUCCUAAAGAGGAAAUGUCUCUACGCUGCGGGGAUGCAGCCCGCACCCUGGGGCCCCGGGUAUUUGGGAGAUAUUUUUGCAGCCCAGUCAGACCGUUAAGCUCCUUGCCAGAUAAAAAAAAGGAACUCUUACAGAAUGGACCAGACCUUCAAGAUUUUGUAUCUGGUGAUCUUGCAGACAGGAGCACCUGGGAUGAAUAUAAAGGAAACCUAAAACGCCAGAAAGGAGAAAGGUUAAGACUACCUCCAUGGCUAAAGACAGAGAUUCCCAUGGGGAAAAAUUACAAUAAACUGAAAAAUACUUUGCGGAAUUUAAAUCUCCAUACAGUAUGUGAGGAAGCUCGAUGUCCCAAUAUUGGAGAGUGUUGGGGAGGUGGAGAAUAUGCCACCGCCACAGCCACGAUCAUGUUGAUGGGUGACACAUGUACAAGAGGUUGCAGAUUUUGUUCUGUUAAGACUGCAAGAAAUCCUCCUCCACUGGAUGCCAGUGAGCCCUACAAUACUGCAAAGGCAAUUGCAGAAUGGGGUCUGGAUUAUGUUGUCCUGACAUCUGUGGAUCGAGAUGAUAUGCCUGAUGGGGGAGCUGAACACAUUGCAAAGACCGUAUCAUAUUUAAAGGAAAGGAAUCCAAAAAUCCUUGUGGAAUGUCUUACUCCUGAUUUUCGAGGUGAUCUCAAAGCAAUAGAAAAAGUUGCUCUGUCAGGAUUAGAUGUGUAUGCACAUAAUGUAGAAACAGUCCCGGAAUUACAGAGUAAGGUUCGUGAUCCUCGGGCCAAUUUUGAUCAGUCCCUACGUGUACUGAAACAUGCCAAGAAGGUUCAGCCUGAUGUUAUUUCUAAAACAUCUAUAAUGUUGGGUUUAGGCGAGAAUGAUGAGCAAGUAUAUGCAACAAUGAAAGCACUUCGUGAGGCAGAUGUAGACUGCUUGACUUUAGGACAAUAUAUGCAGCCAACAAGGCGUCACCUUAAGGUUGAAGAAUAUAUUACUCCUGAAAAAUUCAAAUACUGGGAAAAAGUAGGAAAUGAACUUGGAUUUCAUUAUACUGCAAGUGGCCCUUUGGUGCGUUCUUCCUAUAAAGCAGGUGAAUUUUUCCUGAAAAAUCUAGUGGCUAAAAGAAAAACAAAAGACCUCUAAAACUUCAACAAGACCUUCAAGAUCACAGAAAUUUUUAAAAUUUGAUUCCAGUUAAUAACAGAGGUGGUGCCAGAAUGCCUGGACUGCAGUGGAUGCACCCCACCUCUUUGCUUAAAAAAAAAAAAAAUGUCAAUAGCCAGGCAUAGUGGCUCAUGCCUGUAAUCCCAGCGCUUUAGGAGGCCAAGGCAGGUGGAUCACCUGAGGUCAGGAGUUUGAGACCAGCCUGGCCAACAUGGUGAAACCCUGUCUCCACUAAAAACACAAAAAUUAGUCAGGCGUGGUAGUGGGCGCCUGUAAUCCCAGCUACCCGGGAGGCUAAGGCAGGAGAAUCACUUGAACCUGGGAGGGGGAGGUUGCAGUGAGCCAAGAUCGCUCCAUUGCCCUCCAGCCUGGGUGACAAGAGCAAAACUCCAUCUCAAAUAAAUAAAAAGGAAAAAAAAAGUCAAUAAACUGUACAAAUUUAAUUACAGUAAUUCA